UUGUCCUUCUGCGGCUACAGUAGUCACAGUGAAACCAUGGCGUCAGAUAGUGACAGCGAGGAGGAUUUUGUGAGUUAUGGGGUUCCUCUGGAGCCGUUGGAGGAAGACGAGCCUCUGAAGAAGCCAGUCCCGCUUCACGAGCAGACGGUGAAGGAUGAGAAGGGCCGUUACCAGAGGUUCCACGGGGCAUUCACAGGAGGCUUUUCAGCCGGUUAUUUCAACACCGUUGGCACUAAAGAAGGCUGGGCCCCGUCAACCUUUGUGUCGUCACGGCAACAGAAAGCUGAGAAACAAAAUGCCAGACCAGAAGAUUUCAUGGAUGAGGAGGACUUCGGCGAGCAUGGCAUUGCCCCCAGAGAGAUCACCACCAGUCAGGAGUUCACGUCGAGCCGCAGAGACGCCACCAGAGAGAAGGCGAGAGCCGUCAACGCUCAAACCGCUCUGAUCCCCGGAGACACACUGCUGGAGGAGAUGAUAACACCUGCCAGGUUGUCGAUCGGAGUGGAGCUACUGAGGAAGAUGGGCUGGAGGGAGGGGCAGGGUGUCGGGCCGCGGGUCAAGAGGAAAGCUCGCCGCCAGCAGAAGGAUGGAGGCAACAGAGUUUACGGCUGUGCACAGCCCCCUGCUGGAUCAGAGGACUCAGAGGGUGAAGAUGAUGAUGAGUUCGCUCCAGAGGACGUGACCUUUGCCCCGAAGGACGUUACCCCGGUGGACUUCAGCCCCCGGCUGGGGGUCCAGGGUCUGGGGUACCGGGGUCUGGACCCGGGGCUGGCUCUGCAGGGCCGCGGAGCACCAGAACACAUCAACUUGUUCAAACCGCAGUCUGAGGCCCGGAGCCGACUGUUCGGAGACACGGGGCGGGGAACACGGCGAGGGGGCGUGGCCGGACAGGCUUUUGGCGUGGGCGCCCUCGAGGACGACGAUGACGAUAUCUACCACAGAGACUCCAUGUCCAGGUACGACACGGAGCUGGGAGGGGAGGAGCCUGGAGACGGGCUGUACGGCUGGACAGCGCCUCAGCAGUACACCAAGAAGAGAGAUAAAAGCAGAGAUGCGUCGUACCUCGGUAAGAUCCUGGAGGGAUUCACUCUGGCCCAGAAACCUUCAGAGCAGAAAACAGUCUUCCCUCCUCCCUGUCUGCCCAGAGACUACCGGCCCGUACAUCGCUUCCGCUCGGCGGCCGAUGCCUCGGUCCUGUCCGGGGUCAGUCCGGCGCUGGCCGAGGCUCUGAGGGUCUCCAGGGGCCACAUGGUCCCAGAGGAGCCCCAGCAGGGGGGACGGCACCAGCUGGACUCAGGCCAGAGGAGGGCGCUGCUGGGAGAGGACGGCCUGCAGGGUCCCAGUUCAGUCAUGGAUCUGCUGAAGCCUGAAGACCGACAACGACUGCUGAACCUCCGAAACGCCUCCAGCACACCCACCGAUACAGCCGGCACCCCGUCCCCCGCCACGGCCUCCCAGCAUGCCCUGCGGCUGGCGGCGGCUGUAGGCGGGGCUUCCUCCUCCUCCUCCUCCGGCCUCCUGCAGCAGCAGCAGCAACAGCAGCAGCAGGAGCAGCACGAGGCUCUGUCGGCGUGGAGAGGAGUCCAGACCUCCUCUCAGACCUUCAGACCGUUUGAGAAGAACCCUAGCAAACAGGCUCGCUACGAGCUCUACCUGAACCGCCUCAGACAGGGGGACAGAGACGGUCUGGAGCAGAGUCUGGACCCGGGGAUGACGGAGUGGGAGCGCAGCAGGGAGCGGGAGGAGUUUGUCCGAGCCUCCAUCCUCUACAGACCCAGCUCGUCCUCACUGACGUCCCGCUUCACCAGAGCCAAGAACGAGGACGAGGACGAGGACAGCGUGGAGGUGGCCCGGGACCAGGAGGGCGACGUGGACGACAAACAGGCUGCCGUUAAGAUGAAGAUGUUUGGAAAACUGACCAGAGAAACGUUCGAGUGGUAUCCUGAUAAACUGCUCUGCAAGAGAUUCAACAUCCCAGACCCAUACCCAGGGUCGGGGAUGGUCGGUCUGCCUAAAGUCAAGAGGGACAAGUUCUCCGUCUUUAACUUCCUGACGGUGACGGAGAGCAGAGAGCCACCAGCUCCUCCUCAGCCUUCAACAGAUGGGGGGAAGAGGUCGCGGUGGGACGUUUCAGAGAAGAAGAGUGACCCACUGAGUGAGCUGCUCAGCGCCGCACGGAACCAGACCGACACCAAACUGGAACAAGUACCAACACCUGCUGCACCUCCACCUACCUCAAGCUGUACCAACCACCAACCUGCAGACAGCAACACAGAGCCGAGCUCUGAGAAGAAGAAGGAAGGUGAAGAGGAGCAGCAGGAGGAGGAGGAGGAGGAGACCAGACCUCCCAUGGAUCUGUUUAAGGCCAUCUUCGCCAGCUCCUCCUCCGACAGAUCGUCCUCUUCAUCAGAGGGAGAGAGCGAGGAGGAGGAGGGGAAGGAGACCAAGGAGGACCAGGUUACAGCCGAGGAACAGACGCUGAACCUCUUCAACAUCAGCACUACCUCCUCCUCCAUCACCUCCUCCUCCAUCGUCUCCUCCUCCAUCACCUCCUCCUCCAGCCAGCAGACGGCAACAGUUUCAUCUCAGAACCCUACUGCAAUAAAAAAAGAAGAGGAAGAGGAGUUUGGUCCGAAGCUGCCGCCCCCUUCAGCUGCUCUCACCAGAGAAGGGGCUGUCUCCCUCUGCUCCUCACCAGAGGAGGAGAAACGCAGCCAGAGGAGCAAAGAGAAGAAACACAAGAACAAGAAGCAGCACAAACACAAGAAGGACAAGAAGAAGAAGAAACAUAAGAAGCACAAACACAAAGGGAAGCAGCAGAAGAAGACUAAGAAGGAGACGGACAGCAGCUCUGAGGAAACAGACGGAGACGGAGACAGAGAUGGAGAUGAAGUGUCCACACAGGAGCUGCUCAGAAGACUGAAGAGCGUGCGAUCUCGUGAGUCCUGGUGAAGGUGAACUGUGUCCUCUGUGAGGACGACCUGCUGCUCUACAGACUGUUAUUCUGUUAUUGUUCUUGUUUGAAAUAAUAAAAUCUUGAACUUGUAAA